AUCAAAUUAAGAUAUUUAUUUAUAUUUUUAAAUUGCAUAAAAAGAAUUUAGGAUAGCAUUAAAGAAGACGAUCAAAAAUAUUAAAUGGAUUAGAAUAAAAGCAUUAUCAAAAAACCUAGCUCAAAUAUUUCAAGUAAUGAUAGCUAAUUAAGAUAAUCAAAUGGAUUUUCUUAGUCAGGGUCUAUUAAUACUCAAAAAAUGAGAAUAUCAGGAUAAGGUUUUCGUCCAUCUUCAAGAGAUAGAAACUCUGGAAGUAGCACAAAUUUAGGAGAAAGCAAAUUUUUUAAUGAAGACAAUUUAUAUUCUUUAAAUUUAUUCCCUAUGGGAUAAGAUGAAUUUGCAUUUGCUAGCACAAUCAAAGCAGAUUUGCUUUAGGUUUAGGAAGAGUUAAAUGAAUUAGAUCCUGAUAAUAAAUUGAGAUCAAGUGGCAAUAUCGAAUUUGGAAAAGGUUAUCAAACUACUCUCAAAAAAUGGUUAGGUUAAUUCAGUGAUAGUAAUAUCAAAUAAAGUUUUGAUAAAAGAGUGAAAGCAGAUCUAGAUGUUAACAAAAUUACUGAAGCUUUAGGUUAAAAAGGAAAUACAGAAGAGGCUCUUAAAAAGUUAUAUAAGCUUUGUUUAAUAUUUGAAAUAGUAGCUAAUAAGCUUACUGAAUUUGAAAUGGUUUCUUUAAUGAGAUAUGAUGAUACUUAUUCAAAUUUGGUAAAAGAUGAACCUUAAGCAAAUCAACUUUCUAAACUUAAAAUGAUAGCAGGACAAGGUUAGUAUUAAUUUUCUAAAUUCUCAAUUUGCUUUGCGAAUAUGGAACGUUUUGCUUCACUUAUUCGUGCAUCUAAGAAAAUAGCUUCUAAAUAAACAGGAACUUUUAUGACUGACAACUAAAAUGAUAAGCUUACAAUAUUAGAAUCAAGCAUAAAAGAACUAAAGGAAACUAUCCGUAAGAGAGAUUUUCGUAUUAAGGAGCUAAAUGAGAAAAUAGUUGAUUUAGAAACAAAAAUUGAAUAGUAGCAAAAAGAACUGAUUUAAGCAACCCAACAAGCUUAAAGUGAUAAAAGUGUUUAAAAAAUUAUAGGAAAGACACCUGAUAGCUUUAAAGAAAAUCCAAGCUAUUGGACUGGCUUGAUCGACGAAACUAAAGUUUUUUAUGAAUAACGUAUACGCGAGCACGAGCUAGAAAAUAUUUCUCUCAAAGAAAAACUUGAAGACACAAAAAUAAAAAUGGAAAAUAUUUAAGAACAGUAUUUCGAUUUACAAGAAAAAGUCAAUACAUUAAAAUAAGAAAAAGAAAUAUUAUUCUAAAACUUUAGCAAAAGAUAUGCUAGUUAAGAAGAAGCCUUGAAUACUUAUGAAGAUGCUUUGAAAGAAGAGUUUGAAAGAAUGAAAAAGGCUUAUGAAAAGAGAAUUGACACUAUCAUGUGGGAUAAUGAUAGGCUUAAAAAAGAAAAGGCUAGAAGUCUUAUUGAUAUGAAGCACAAAAUGGAUAAAGAAAUUGAAACAAAGAAUUUAUUGCUUAAGAAAUUAAGUUGUUACAUAAAAUGAAUUAUAGUAUUUUUACUAUUUAAUUUGUAAUAAAUUUAUCACAGGAUUACUUAUAGUACAUUAAUCUUAAAAAUAUUUUUUAUCAAAUUAAAAAAAUUCAACAAAAUUAGAAUAGGC